GAAUUCCCUGCUUCAAACUCUACUUGUCUUCUUCGUAAUCACUCCUAUAAUCACUGCUAUUCCAGAUUGUAAUGCAAGUAAUGCCCUCUCUCCUCUAUCCACACAAUCUUCAUCUCAAUGGACUUCACCAUCCAAAGAUUUUGCCUUCGGUUUCCAAUUUGUUCAAUUCAAGGAUCCACGCUAUGUCCCUCUGCUCUCCAUCUACUUCACCAAAUCACCCAACAAGACCAUUGUUUGGUACGCGAAACCCAAACAGGAAAUCCCGGUUGGGUCCUCUAUCCAUAUCACAAACAAUGGUCUCAUCAUAUAUAACCCCAAAGGAAGUGAAAUUUGGUCCCGUCCAGAAAAAAAGGACAAAAUGGUAGCUUGUGCUUCUAUGCAAGAUAACGGAAACUUUGUUCUUAAAGACAAAGACGGUAAUAUAGUUUGGGAGAGUUUCGAAGAACCAAGCGACACGCUUCUCCCCGGUCAGAAUUUUUCCAAGUCUCAACCAUUCAAUUUGCAAGCUCGUCAAUCGGAAACAAAUUUCUCAGCUAGCAAUAACUUCAAUCUCAGCUGGCAACCCGAUGGCAAUUUGGUACUUUACUAUUCUCAAAAUCACCAAGAAGAUGAACAGACGCAGAAUUAUGCAUACUGGGCAACCGGAACUGACGGUCGCGGAUCGCGUUUAUUCUUCGAUGAGUUCGGACGGAUUUACGUUACGGAUGAUAAUAACACGGAGCUGGUCCAAGUAACAAACGGGAACCCAAGUUCAACUCAAUAUUUUUACAUGGCGAGAAUUGAAUCUGAUGGAGUCUUCAGGCUGUACGAUUAUUACCAGAAGACGAACGAGGAGGAUAACUGUUCUUCUGGAUGGAAAGAGUUGGAACGAGAACCUGAUGAUAUAUGUGUUCUUAACAUAGCUCAGAAUGAAAAUUUUAUCUGUGGGCUUAACAGUUAUUGUGUUUCCACAAAUGGAAAGCCUCAAUGCAUGUGUCCGGAUAAUUAUUCCUAUUUUGUGCAGCCUAAUGAUCCAAACAACUUAACAAGUUGUAGGCCGGAUUUUCCGCCUCCCAGCUGUCUGGUCAACGGCUGGGAGACGGAUCCGGCCAAGGUGGAUUUCCAAGAACGGCCGAAUUUGAACUGGCCUUUCUCCGAUUACGAGUUGGUGAGCGGUGAUUUCGAUAAGUACACGUGUCGAGAAAGGUGCGGUGGCGAUUGCUUCUGUGCUGCGGCUGUAUACAACGUUGAUAAGGACAACGUGGCACAUUGUUGGAAGAAGAAGUACCCUUUGAGUAAUGGAAGGUCUAGUACGAAAGCCGAAAAUGGAACAAUAGUGUUCCUCAAGUUUCGCAAGGCAGGGUCUGGUAACCAACAUCGAUCUUAUUUAACACUUAUAUUGUCAUUUCUUCUUGGGAGCUCGGUUUUCCUCAACAUUCUGUUGGUGUUGGGAAUUCUUGGAAUUUACAUGUUCUUGCGCAAGAGAAAGAUGUUAGGGCAGCAACUGGUUGCGAGCAUGGCGCCGGAGACGGUUAGAAGCUACACAUACAAAGAGCUUGAGAAGGCGACACGUGGAUUCAAACAGAGAUUGGGUCAAGGUGCUUUUGGAACUGUGUAUAAAGGGGUAUUAGAAUUAGGGUCUAAUACGAAAAGAUAUGUAGCUAUUAAAAAGUUAGAUAAGGUGGUUGAAGAAGGUGAAAAUGAAUUCAAAACAGAGGUGAGUGUGAUAGGCCAAACCCACCACCGGAAUUUGGUUCGCUUGCUUGGUUACUGCGACGAAGGGGAGCAUCGUCUUCUUGUGUAUGAGUACAUGAGCAAUGGUUCAUUGGCGAGCUUUCUUUUUGGGAUUUCUAGGCCUCAUUGGAAUCAAAGAGUGCAAAUUGGAUUGGGAAUAGCUAAAGGACUCACAUACUUGCAUGAAGAGUGUAACACCCAAUUCAUUCAUUGCGAUAUAAAGCCUCAAAACAUUCUUCUGGACGACUUAUUCGCACCCAGGAUAUCCGAUUUUGGGCUGGCAAAGCUGUUGCUGGCAGAGCAAACUCGCGCCACUAAGACGCACGCGAGAGGGACUAUUGGAUACUUUGCACCUGAAUGGUUUACAAAAGCUUCAAUCACAAGCAAAGUGGAUGUUUAUAGCUUUGGAGUGGUGCUGCUAGAGCUCAUAUGCUGCAAAUCCAGUAUUGUGUUUUCAAUGUCAAAUGAUGAAGAACAAGCGCUUAUAGAUUGGGCAUAUGAUUGUUACAAACAUGGAAAAUUGGUUCAGCUUGUUGAGAAUGAUGAGGAGGCAAAGAAUGAUAUUAGGAGGGUAGAAAAACAUGUUAUGGUAGCAAUUUGGUGCGUUCAAGAUGAUCCUUCACUAAGGCCUUCUAUGAAGAAGGUUGCUCAAAUGCUUGAGGAUGUUAUUGCUGUACCUUUGCCACCUCGACCUUCCAUGUUUUGUUCAUCAUCUGCAACUUCGUUAAGUAGUGUUUCUUUUUGA